AUGGGCACGCUACUGGGCCUUACUCUCCUCUUCCUUCUCUCCUUCUCUUCAGCUAGCCACUGGUCCUACACAAACGAAAACUCUUCGGAGGAGAAGUGGGGCGAGGUAGCUAGCAAGAUGUGCAAAGGAUCGAAACAGUCGCCAAUCCCUCUCUCCUACGCGGAUUCCAUCUACGAUCCUCAUUUGAAGCCUAUCGGUGUCUACCAAAACGGCACCUUUGGUGUCGAUGAAACCUUCGUUAUGAGUAACAACGGCCACACGCUUGUUGUCAACAUCGACUCGUGUCACUACUUCUUGAACCUCCAAGAUACGCGGGAUAUGAAGUUCUGCAUCACCCAGUUUCACUUUCACUGGGGUAAUAAAAGCUCUGUUGGCUCGGAGCAUAGCAUUGAUGGCAAAUUCUUCCCCCUUGAGAUGCACAUCGUGUCGUAUGACCGAACGUUAUACGCAAACUUCUCGGAGGCCUCUAAAGGGGUGAACGGAUUAGCCGUGUUAGGUCUUGUGUUUCUGGAGGACCAAAAUAUUCCACGCGAAAAAACCUUACUCUAUAAUAUGGGUGCCUUUUUGCAGAAGGUGACGGAGGUCGAGCGCCCCAAUCAUAAAGCUAACCUCCCUCCUUUCCCGGUGAAUGCGCUAUUAGAUAUUGGUGACGCCAAUACACGCUACUUUCGAUAUGAGGGCUCGCUGACCACCCCUCCUUGCACGGAAAAUGUCUACUGGACAGUGAUUGGAACCCCAGUGCCAGUUAGCCCUCGACAGCUUGAGGCAAUGCGAUUUCUGCAAUUCGCCAGUGAGGAAAAGGAGGUUAAAAUGGCGAAUAACUACAGAAAACUGAAGUCGGUCAAUCCGGCCAACGUUGUAGUUUCUCGUGUGAUUUUCCGCUCUUGGAAUGCCACACCUCGAAUGAUCGCUUCCUCCCUUAUCCUCCUCCUCCUCCUCCUAGUUCCACUUCUCAUUUAA